AUGAUAAAUAAUAUAGCAAGAAAGCAAACCCAUAUCGGUGAAUUGCUAGGAGAAAAGCUAGCCCUUCAGCUAAUAUAUCAAAGGUGUAAAGCUAAGGGUGAUGAUAUCUCAGAUUUUCUUGUGAAGCUAAGAUUAUACUUGCAAAACCAAGGUGUAAAUCCAGCAGAUAAUGCAGGAGGUCCACCAACAGGAAGAGAAGUAGCUAUGGGAUAUUUAAGAGGCUCUAACAUAGUAGCUGUAAAUGGAUAUACAGCUAUUCAGAUAGGAGCUAAUGGAAUAAAUGAGGCCCUUAAUCAGCCAGGAAAUGCAAUAGUUAAGUUAAGAGCAGUAGAAGGUUCUUGGGAUGAAAACUGGCGUAUAGCGGGAGGCCGACCUACUAAUAAUGCUCCAAAUGCUCCUAAUGCUAAUGCUGGUAAUACUGUAGUUGCACCUGAAAUUCAUUUUGGUCAAGCCGUAUGGUGGUUAAAAACUCAUUUUCCUACAGUAGAAGAGGAGCUUCGGGAUAUAAUGUAUGGAACAAUCAAAAAGGAGAACAUAACUAUAGAUGAAUUAUAUAGAAAAAUAUUACGAAUAGGUAGACGAGCCAACUAUAGAUCUGAAAAAUUACAUAGAAAGUUCUUAGAUGCUCUUCUACUUCCAUGGUUUGAAAAAGCUGAAGAUAUCGAUGAACAUUUGCUAUUGGAUGAAUUAGCUAAAAAACUUUAUGAGAUAGAAUUAUGCCGAAUAGCUAGACAUAAAAAAGAUAAAAUACCUAAUUCAUUAGUUUCUCAGCAAGCAUCUCGAGAAAUAUAUGAACUCUUACCUAUUUCAGCUUCUCAACAGCAAGGAAUUUCUUUAGAAGAUAUGCAAAAAGCAAUCCAAAAUGCACUAGCAUAG